UUUAGUUUUAUUGCGAACGUCACACACAGCGGAUGCGUCGAUCUGCAAAACGGUCGAAGACAACGAAGAGCUAUCGGAACUGAUAAUUCAUUCCGCGUUUAUCAUUCGUACAAAUUUCUCACUUUUUACAAAUGACUGAAACAGUCUCGUUGCACAUUUCUACGCGAGUGCUUCAGUUUUGUGGAGAACAUUCAAUCGAAUAUUACGUUUGAAUGUUUAUUCGGUUGUCAUCUGAAUUACACUGUGUAUCAUUAAUUGUUUAAGUGAUAGGCAUUGUUAAAGAAGAAUAAAUUGGAUGUUAUGAGUUUCAAGGUGUUUCUAGAGGAAAAAAAAAUAGAAAACCAAAUAGAAGAAAAGAAAAGUAGCAUUUUGACGAAAAUUGUGAAUUAAAAGUAACGAAAGAAGCAAAAAUACAAGUAAACAUGACUGCAUUCCGUGUUAUAUUCAAUUUUAUUUCUGUGAUAUUAGUGUUAUUUUGUGUGCACAAUGGCGAUACGUUCAAUUUAUCGCCCAAACCAAAUAUCGUCUUCCGCGAGCCGAAGCCAACGGGCGUUGGAAUGCCAAAAAUGCGUAGCUCAUAUUUUGGAUUUAGCUUAAACCUCAAGCAAAACAGUGUUCUGAUCGGAGCUCCACGAGCCCAGUCAACGUUAGAGGUACAGCGAAAAAUCAAUGAAACUGGUGCCAUUUAUAAAUGCGGUUUCGAUAAAUUAACGGCCUGUUCACCGUUUGUAUUCGAUCGGUGGGGAAAUGUUCAUGAAGACUACAACCAAUACACGUACAAUAAUGAAAAGAAAGACUAUCAAUGGCUGGGUGCGUCUAUGGACGGUAGUGCCAGUGAUAGCGAUAAGUUUGUGGUGUGUGCACCACGUCUCAUUUCCGAUGUGACGAAUCAUUACUUGAUGCACGGUGUUUGUUACUGGACAACAAAUACGACAUCGGCCCGACCAGCGAAUGUGCAAAAGAUAGCCCCGCUUCGUUUCAAAGACAAACAACACAGUGUAAUUGAUCAAGAACGGUACUUUUAUUACAUGUACGGCGAACAGGGGCUGAGUGUGCAUAUCACUGAAAAUAAUGAAGAGAUACUGAUUGGAGCUCCGGGAAUUUUUACAUGGAAAGGUAGUGUGAUACGUCACAAAGCAAAGCCAUUGGUCGAUUUGGGCGGAUUGAGUCGCAGAAAUGAAGAUGCGUCAUCAUUCUCACGGCAGAGAAUUACAUCAGAAAUGGUCGAAUACAGCAGUGACAUACCGAAUCCAAUGUUUUGGAAUCAAGACGACAAUUCCUAUUUUGGGUUUGCCGUGUCAUCCGGAUAUUUUGAUGGAAUCGGAAAAACGAAAUUACUUUAUGUGGCAAGUGCACCACAGGCUAAUUUACAACAAGGUGCUGUUUACAUUUUUGACAUCAUCGACCAUUAUUCAGCAUCCGACAAAACAAUCAAGAUUUAUCACACGUUCCCCGGUCAACAGUUGGGUGAAUACUUUGGAUAUAGUCUGCUGACGGAAGAUUUCGAUAAUGAUGGUCUCACCGAUGUUGCCAUUGGAGCGCCGUACAAUUCGAAGGGUGGAGACUAUGAGAAUGGCGCCGUUUACAUCUACAAAAACGAAGGCACGUCAUCAAACUUCGUGUUGCAGGCGGUUCUGAGAACGGAUUAUGAGCUUAGCGGUCGAUUCGGAACGACCAUUUCCAAAGUUGGAGAUAUCAAUCAAGACGGUUAUAAUGACCUAGUAGUUGCAGCUCCAUUCGAAGGAAACGGAGUCGUUUACAUUUAUCAUGGCAGUGCAAAUGGUCUUCCAACCAAAUAUAGUCAGAGGAUCGUUGCUCCACGCAGUAGCUUAACGUCGAACCAAAUGUUUGGACAUGGAUUAUCGAAAGGAGCCGACAUUGAUGGCAAUCAAUAUUUGGACGUUGCAAUUGGCGCACCCGAAGCCGAAAGUGUUUACAUUUACAAAUCUUAUCCAGUGAUAAAAAUCAACGCCUCAAUUACUCCAUUCAGUCAGGAGAUUCAAACCACCGACAAAUCCUUCAAAUUCAACGUCUGUUGGCUGUACGAAUCCACAUUUCCGAUAAACUUCGAGGUGAAUUUCAAUGCCACCGUUAAGCUUGAUGGACAAUUGGGCCGCGCAACUUUUCAAGAUAGAACAAAUGAAUACAAUAUCCAUGGCAAAAUUACGCCUGAAGAGCAAUGCAUACUACUUGAGGCUUUUGUUACGUUUUCCAUUGCUGACAUUUUUCGCCCGAUUGAAAUCGAAAUGACCCACCACGUGCUCAAUGGCAUCCCAAACGAUAGCAAGAAUGAUGAAAGUGAAACACAAGAGUUCUGUAGCACAUGUGUUGCUGUCAAUCCGAGCGACUCGAAAAAUAUCAAAAACAAAAUUGUAUUCAGCACUGGUUGCAAGAGCGCUCGUUGCAUUGCCGACCUAAAAGUAACCAGCUCAUUAGAAAAUGUUCCGAGACUGCCAUAUAUUUUGGGAAGCAGCUCGUCAAUCAUCAUUGCAUACAAUAUCGAAAACAGCGGUGAAACGGCAUAUUUAGCUCAAAUUCGUGUCACAUUACCCGAUUCAGUCCUGUUUACAAAAACUCCAUCGAAUUGUAAACUUGAUGAAACGGCUCCGAAUUCCAAUAUCAUGGAAUGUGAUUUGAAUAGCGGUACACCGAUGUUCAAGGGUGAUAAGACAUCAAUCAAAAUAAGUGUCGACACAACUAGGCUCGAUAGCACCGAAUUGGUUGUGAAAGCAAAAGUGUUCAGUACUGGAGAUGAACUGAAUGAUCUUGAUAAUGUGGUCGAUGAUGUCAUCGCCUUGAAAGAGUUUAGCAACAUUGAGGUUUUUGGCGAUUCAAUCAAAAGCCGACUAACGUUGCAAAGCGAAGUGGAAAAGGAGAAUUUAACGCAUAUUUUCGAGAUUCGUAACAAUGGGCCAAGUAACAUCAAAUCACUGGAUAUUUUGGUAUCUUUGCCGUUGUCGUAUAUCAAUCCAUGGACACUCGAGAGAGAAAGACUGGUAGAUAUCAACAGUGUGUCGAUAAAAUCGAUGUUCAACGGUCAACUAUUCGAUGUAGAAUGGACACAAAAUAACACCAUUUUAAUAUUGGAUUCGAUUGAAUCGUCAACCGGAACGUCAAAUGCUCCAGUUGAGGAUUACAAUGGAAUGCAAUUUGAUGCAUCGAAAAUUGGACUGGAGUAUGAUUUCAGUGGCGGUCAAUCAUCUAGUGGAGAUGCUUCAGUUGGUGAUUUUAUUAGCGAUCGAAAACGUCGAGCAGUUGGAAAUAUGCGCAACGCAUACUUCAAUCCGUACUCACAAAGAGUCGUCGAAAUGGAUCAAACGGCGAGCUCAUGGAAUCAAGUGGAUGCAGUGGACAGUCGCCAUAAAAGAGACAUUUUCAGUACAAAUGAUCGUAUCCUUGCCAAUUUGCCACAGAAUCGCACUAUCUAUUUCGAUUGCAAGAAUGCGGAGCAAGAACUGUGUCUACAGGGAAAAUUCACGGUGCCAAAUGUCAAAGCCGGCGAUUUGCCUGUGCUGAUUACAUUAAACUUUACAAUUGAUCUGAAAAAAGUGGCAAAAGUCAUGACUGAAAAACGAGACGUACUUGUUGUUCGUACAAGUGUCGAGCUAAUGAAAACAUCCGAUGAGGAUACAUCUUCGAUUAGUGUCAUUCAAAAUCAACCAUUUACCAUCAUUUCAAAAUAUGUGAUCAACACAACACCGCUAUGGGUUUAUGUCGUUUCGAUUAUUGUCGGUAUUUUGUCAUUGAUUCUCAUCUCAUACGCACUCUAUCGGUUUGGAUUCUUUAAGCGCGGGAAGCGAGAGGAAUUGGUGCAAUUAAAACGCCAGAGUCAAGCACAAUCCUAUUACCCACCAGAUGACGACCAAUUCUAAUGAACGUGUUUUUUGCUAUGCAAUUUAUUGAGAAAAAAAAGUUCCUUCCCCGUGUCAGUUCAAAAAUCCCAAAGCGACGAGUCAAUACAUAGUUUAUAUUUAAUCUGAAACAUUGUGAUUAUAAUCGAGUUAGUUUAGUUGUACUUAUUGCCAUUAGUACCUAGCCUUUCUUACCAGUUGUAAGUGCUCAACUGAUCGCUCACAUCGAACAUUGUUUUUUCUAUUUAUUUCGUAUUGAAAAUCAUUCUAACAUAUGAAAUCGAGAACUUCUAAAAACAAAAAAAAAUAUUGUUAAACAUAAAUUUAGUUGUUAUUUAUAACAAAUACCAUAAUAAUUUAUACUAAGACUGUAAUCACUCUUUAUGCAGUAGUAAUUAAAACAAUGAUUAUUAUACAAGUGUA